AUGGCGUACUUCAUUGAUGGCAAAGAUUGCAUGAUCUCAGAAUGGAUUCUCCUCGUACUGGCAUAUAUUUUUGUCGCUGCGCGCGUCUACACGCGCCUCUUUCGCCUCCGCCAGAAACUGGACUGGUCGGAUUACCUGUUGAUUGCUUCCGCACUUGAUGCGUUGGGCCUUAUCAUUUGUGACACGACGACAUACCAAAUGGGUGUUUUGGAUGACUACGAGACCAGCGUGAGGCUGUCAAAGAUCUCGUUCGCCUCAAAUUACUUCUACGACUUCGGUAUGGGCUUUCCCAAGCUAAGCAUGCUUGCCUUCUACUGGGCGUUUUUCAACCUUUCUGCCCACCCUGGCAUGCGCAAGAUGCUCUACGGUAUGACAGGCUUUGUCGUCGCAUGCUACCUGACUAUCCUAUUUGACGACACAUUCUUCUGCGGCAGUAACGUGUCAGUGCAAUGGAGUCAAGAGGAAGGGGCAUGCUCAGUAUUUUAUGCACCAGAGCCCUUUAUCCUUAACUUCACUCUCAACCUUGCUUGUUACCUUGUAGUUUACGCUAUCCCAGCCAUACUGUUGGCUCGUGGUAUACUCAGGAGCUCGUCUGGCGUCAUGCUUACCUUUGUCCUCGGUGGGCUGACCAUCAUCUCCGGUAUCGUGCGCUUUGUAUGCUUAAAGGUUGGAACUGGUCAAGAAAACCUUGUUUAUCCUCUUAGUAUGGUGGAGAUGACGUUGUCAAUUAUCGUUGUGUCAUUGCCUGGGCUUAAGCCUCUUUUUAACAACUCGAAAGCAAGCAGGACCGGGUCUACAACUGAGGAGGAUCGAUACUCUGAGCAACCAAAGGCAAAUGUCGCGUAA